CCACACAAGCCACGCGACGCCGAGUCGCCGACGCGACGCGAGCGCUUCCUUUUUGUUUUUUGUUCAAGUCCGCUCUAGAGCGACGGGAGAAACUGACGGCCGCGGCAAUCUCCAGACUCCGGGAGCGAGAGCCGCCGCCGCAUGGCAGCGCAGGAGGCGCUGCGGUGGCGCUACAGCGACGUGGACGACGGCAACUUCGCUGUGCGCGGCCGCGGCGUGCCGGUGCUCGUGGCGCUCUUCGGCGUCCUCGUCUGCUUCGUCGCCGUCUGCCUCUACCUCCGCUGGGCGUGCCACCGCUACAACGACCGCCGCGGCUCCGCGGGCGCGCUGCCGAGGUGGUACACCGCGUCGCCGACCUCCUCCGCCGCGCCGCCGGCCGCCGGCCUCGACGACGCCGCGAUCGCGGGCCUGCCCGUGACGCUGUACCGGCCCGCGGCGGACGACGCGGCGCAGUGCUGCCCCAUCUGCCUCGGCGAGCUCGCGGAGGGCGACAAGGUGAAGGCGCUGCCGGUGUGCGGGCACGGCUUCCACCCGGAAUGCGUGGACGCGUGGCUGCGUGCCCGGGCGAGCUGCCCUCUGUGCCGGGCCUCGCUUCUCGCGGCCGCGGUGACCACCAAACCACCAGGCGACGACGUCGGCGUCGGCAGUGAAGCCGAAGCUGCUGCUGUCUGAUGAUCAUUCCUCGCGGCAACCGUGCGCGGAACAGCAGGAGCGCGCCCGGUGCCGUUCAGGCCGGCCGCAUUCCGCCGCGCCGGCCGGUCGUGUUCAGGCCGCCGCCGGU